GGUAGCUUGCGAGAGGGGGUAGAGAAAACCAUCGAUCAAUGGCGACAGCGGCGGUGGAUGCGACGAAACAGGUGGCGGAGGCGGAGAUGAGCGCCUCGCCGGCGCAGGUUGCCUCUGGCAAGGUGAGAGGCGGCGGAGGGGAGGGGCUACGCCAGUACUAUCUGCAGCAUAUCCAUGAUCUCCAGCUCCAGGUCCGUCAGAAGUCCCAUAACCUCAACCGCCUUGAGGCUCAGCGCAACGAUCUCAACUCCCGAGUGAGAAUGCUGCGAGAGGAAUUGCAGCUACUGCAAGAGCCUGGGUCAUAUGUUGGUGAAGUAGUUAAAGUUAUGGGGAAAUCAAAGGUUUUGGUUAAGGUUCAUCCAGAAGGAAAAUAUGUUGUUGAUAUUGAUAAGAAUAUUGACAUUACAAAAAUCACGCCAUCAACGAGGGUUGCCCUUCGCAAUGACAGUUAUGUGCUGCACUUGAUUCUGCCAAGCAAAGUAGACCCUCUAGUCAACCUCAUGAAAGUUGAAAAGGUCCCUGAUUCCACUUAUGACAUGAUUGGUGGUCUCGACCAACAAAUUAAGGAGAUAAAAGAGGUCAUUGAGCUUCCCAUUAAACAUCCUGAACUUUUUGAAAGCCUUGGAAUAGCUCAACCAAAGGGAGUCUUGCUUUAUGGACCACCAGGUACUGGGAAGACACUUCUUGCUAGAGCUGUUGCACAUCACACUGAUUGCACUUUCAUCCGGGUUUCUGGUUCUGAACUUGUUCAGAAAUACAUUGGAGAAGGGUCUCGAAUGGUUCGGGAAUUGUUCGUGAUGGCCAGGGAGCAUGCUCCAUCAAUCAUUUUCAUGGAUGAAAUUGAUAGUAUUGGAUCUGCUAGAAUGGAGUCUGGCACUGGUAAUGGUGACAGUGAAGUGCAGCGGACCAUGCUUGAGCUUCUUAAUCAACUCGAUGGAUUUGAAGCAUCAAACAAGAUUAAGGUUCUAAUGGCUACCAAUCGGAUUGAUAUUUUGGAUCAAGCACUUCUCAGGCCUGGUCGGAUUGAUAGAAAAAUUGAGUUCCCCAAUCCUAAUGAAGAGUCUCGCCUAGAUAUCUUGAAGAUUCACUCCAGGAAGAUGAACUUGAUGCGUGGGAUCGAUCUGAAGAAGAUUGCAGAGAAGAUGAAUGGAGCAUCAGGAGCAGAACUCAAGGCUGUGUGCACCGAAGCAGGUAUGUUUGCACUGAGAGAAAGGAGAGUCCAUGUGACGCAAGAAGAUUUUGAGAUGGCUGUUGCCAAGGUCAUGAAGAAAGAGACAGAGAAGAACAUGUCUCUCAGGAAGCUAUGGAAGUGAUGUUAUUUCAAUUCUGUUUUGUUUUUUUUUCACCUGUGUUAAUUCAAGUGUCUGGUGAUACGGCUUAAUAUAUUACUACUGAAAUCAGGACAAGAACACAGCUCUAAGUUACUCCAUGGAAUUACUACCAGAGAAUUACCGUGUGUGUUGUUUUAUUUUACCAUGUACUACGCCAUCUUGAUGAUAGCUAUUGCGUCUUAUUUCAUUGAGAGGUAUUCUGCUCCGCUUCCACAAA